AUGAAUUCGAUGACCUCAGCAUGCCGCAUGCCCAAUUCUGUGUUUGUGGUGACAUCCCGCAACAGGUAUCCUGUGACCCCGGGAAGCAUGUCUCAGGUGCCCCUGUAUCCACUCAGCCAGCCCCAAGUCCACCUAAUUCCUGGGAACCCACAUCGUUUGGAGCCACCUGUGUGUACGCAACCUGACCAGAGAUCCUUGAAAGAGGGUAAAGUUUUAGGGGCCAUCCAGAUCCUGAUCGGCCUCAUACACAUCGGCCUCGGCAGCAUCAUGGGGACCAUCCUGCUGGGGGUCUACACACCUGUCUCACUGUACGGAGGCUAUCCCUUCUGGGCAGGCGUCUGGUUCAUCAUUUCAGGAUCCCUCACAGUGGCAUCCGAAAAGCAGCCAAAUUCUUCUUGCCUGCUGAAUGGAAGCUUGGGCUUGAAUAUCAUCAGUAUAAUCUGUUCAAUGGUUGGAAUCAUGCUCUUCAUCACAGAUAUGAGUGUCAACUCUCUAUAUAUGCACUCCGACUACUAUCCAUACUGGGGUGUGGCCCCCGGACUAGCUACCUCUGCCGUGCUGCUGGUCUUCAGCCUCCUGGAGUUCGGCAUCGCCUCCACGGCUGCCAGCUUCGGCUGCCAGUCGGUCCGCUAUUCAAGCAACAGCGUGAGUUCGCCCCUGGUCAUCCCAAACAUCUACGUGACAAACCCAGUGGCCAAUCCAGAACCAGUGAACUUGCCGCCGCCAUAUUCCAGUGAGGCCCCGGAGUCCCAAUAA